GCUCCCCGAGGACUGUCCGCCGAAGAAAAGCGCGUCAAAUUACUAGAGAUCUUCCAUGAGACAAAAGAUUUCUUCCAGCUCAAGGAGUUGGAAAAGCUAGGCCCCAAAAUGAAGGGAAUUGUAUCUCAGUCUGUGAAGGAAGUAUUACAAGGUCUUGUGGACGACGGGCUUGUGCAAGCAGACAAAAUCGGCUCAUCUAACUUCUUCUGGAGCUUCCCUUCCCAGCGGGGUACGAUGAUGCAAAACCGUGUGAAUGCUGUGAGGGACAGCCAAGCUUCACACAAAGCGCAGCUCGCCGAGCUUCGCGUCGCCAUUGAGGCAGGGAAAGCGGCGAGACCUGAAAGUGAUGAGCGCACAGCGCAACUUGCGCGCCUCAUCGCCGCGAGGAAGGAGCUUUCAGAGCUGGAGACUGAGCUCGCACAGUACGGGGCCUGCGAUCCUGCUAAAGUCGAAGAGAAGAAACGAGCGGUUACACUGGCCAAAGAGGCGGCGAUGCGCUGGACUGAUAAUUAUCUCCUAUUACUCGCCCACUUUACUAGACAGAGCUGCGUCGACCCGGCUGAGAUCAAGAGAUACCUUGGGGUGGAUGAUGAAUACGAAGAUAUAUGUUGA